AUGGCAACGGGAGGAGGAUCACAUUUGCAGGGGCACCGGGCGCCGAGGCUGUUCGGCAGGGAAAGGCCGGUCCAUGCCGCCCUGGGUGGACGCGAAGCUGCGGACAUCAUCCUGUGGAGGAGGCCGAAGGCGUCGGCGUCGAUCCUCGGCGCGGCGACGGCGGCGUGGGCGCUGUUCGAGGUGGCGGAGUACCACUUCCUGACGCUGGCGUGCUACGCCGCCAUGAUCGCCAUGCUCACCUUCUUCAUCUGGACCAACGCCUCCGCUUUCCUGAACCUGCCGGUUCCACGGAUCCCCGAGACGAUCCUGUCGGAGAGGACGGCGAAGCAGGUGAUCCUGGGCCUGCACCGGCGGCUCACCUGGUUCGCGCACCGGCUGUACGCCAUCGCGUGCGGGGAGGACAUCAAGAAGUUCAUCAUGACGGUGGUGUCUAUCUACAUCGCGUCGGUCGUCGCGACCUGCUUCAGCUCGCUCACCCUGCUCUACCUCGUUGUGCUGUGCACGAUGACGGUGCCGGCGCUGUACGAGCGGUACGAGCACGAGGUGGAGCACCUGGUGGCCACGGGGGCGCGCGACGUCCGUACCCACUUGGCCAAGAUGGACUCCGGCGUGCUCCGGAAGAUCCCCAGGGGCAAAGGCGCCACCACCGCCGCGCACGGGCACGGCGCGACGGCGAACAACGUGCACGGGUGGCAUCGCUCACACGUCAACUAA